GUUUAUACUUCUUCCUGUCUAUGAAAACAAACAUUGAGCGAUAGUUGGAAUUUACAAGUGAUAUUCUUUACUCUGGAAAGCUACAAGAAGUCUUAUUCACAGCGGUAACAAUGCACGAGUCAUGGUAACAAUGCACGUGUCGUGGUAGAAGGCAAUAACUCAAGCCAAUCAAAGAAAUACUGGGGCAGCUGCGAAAGAGAAAAAACUACGCAAAACACAAAAGCAGGAUAUUAUGUGGAUGAUUAAAAUUCAGAAGCCGUUUUCUGCACAUGGAAUAAAUCUCUGGUGAUAGGGUUUGUGAUUUGGAAUGGUGCUGGAUGUUUCCCACAUGUGCUUAAGAAUGUCUGCGAAAUUUCAAUAUUUACAUACCUGUAUUGAUAAAUAGACAGGUAUAAUUCAUUCAUGAUGUAGAUCGUUUCUGAAAUAACAAUUCCGGGAUUAAAAAAAUGAAAAAAUUCUUCCGACAAAGUUGGAUGUUAUGUUAAUGUUGGUAAAAGACUGCCUUCCUGUUUUUAAUGGUACCCUUUUAAUUACUCAUAAUUUUCGGAGGAGUAUUAAAGUUAAGGCGGGUGAAGUUUUAAUUCCAACCUCAUGGAGAUUGGCAGUGUUUUAACUCAGUGAUAUAAGAACCUGAUUUUAGGAUUUCAACCUGCCAGGUGCUUAUGAUGAAGUAGUUAUUUGAGAGGAGUGCGGAAAUGCAGACAUGAUGUUUAUUUUUUAAGUGUGCUCUGCAAUUUUAUGAUCGUUUGUGUGAGUUUUCUCAUGGAUAUGAAAAUCAGAUGAAGGAUAGUUUUAUUAUCUUUAUUUUGAAUGAUUUUGAAGAUAUAUGGUAUAAGUAUUUAUCUGCACGUCUUUUAACAUUGAUGUGGAAAUAAUUUUAGUUGGGUUCUUAAUUUUUCAUCUAACAGAAAUAGAAUGCUUUUUGCCUUUUAUGUAAGUUUACGAGAGUGUGAAAAACCAUUUUCUUGUUUAUGAGUUCAGGGUGGUACUGGAUGUUUCGAUUAUGUCAGAGGAAUUAAUACCACCAUUUACUGGCCCAAUGUCAAAAGAGACAGCCCAGUACCGAGCUAAACAGGCUGUGGAGUAUUACCAGAGGCAAGUAAAGGUUCAAAAUAAGCCUGAUAUUCCAAAACGGAAUAACCGUGAUCGUCAGGAUGUGCGGGAGAAUAACGAACAUGUGAACGGAUACAGAGGGUCACACUAUGAAAACAAAAAUGUGAACGUUGAUGGCCGACAUAGUGCGCAGAGUCAGGGAUAUUCGUACGACUCAGACAGGUUUGUUCGUGGCGGUCAUCGCGCGACUGUGCAUGGAACAAAUGGAGUACGGCCGAGAGAACAACAGGGCUUUAAUAACACAGUUCAUAAUCAUGACGUCCAGAUGCAAAACAAUAGGACAGUUCACUCGGAACAUAGACCCGGGUCCAAGAAAAGAUAUAGUCGUGGUUUACAUAGAAGUAAUAGUAAUUUAGAAGAAAGUUUGGAAUACAUGAAUUUGGAGAAUUUAGACGCUUCUUUAACAACGCGUAAGGGUUAUGGUAGUACUUCUUCUUUAGACAAUAUAAUGAAUGCAAGUACAAGUAGUGAUAGCUUUUUUCAAAUGUUGGAAAAUUUACGGCCAGAAACAACGGAUCAGCGAAGUCCCGCACCUUCAAAAUUACACGAAGUAUUACGAGGUUCAAAAACAGAGAUUAAGAAUCAGAACUUUUUACGGAAUUUAGAAAAAAUAGCAAAUGGUGAUGUUAUAAACAAUCGUCCAUUGUCAACUGAUGAAGUUGACGAAGGUGGUCAAAGCCCAAGGAGUUAUAAAAAAGACCGAAAAUCACGGUCAAAAUCGAUAACUCCAGAUGUUGUCGGGCCAGGGGUAUGGAAACGAUUUCGAGGAAAGGGUGAUCUGGAUAUUGGUGCAAAAACUGACUCUGUUCCCGAUUUGGAAGUUAAAGGUGACGAACGAUGUAGGCGGAAAGCAUUUGUGCAUUAUGAUAGUCAGAGUAUAGGUUUUGAUGUGAAUAAAGUGUUGACUAGCAAAAAAUCUUUGACUUCCUUUAACAAUGUGUCAACAGGUGCUUCGGCAGCAUCUGGAACAAGGGAAAGUUUUGCAGCAGAUGCGGAGGCACCGGAUAUUGUUAACGAUGAUGGCGAUGGGCAAAAUAAUGAACUUGUGCAUUCUUGUUCCUUUUUCCGCAAUGAAAUUGGCGGUGAGGAGGAGCGCAUUGUGGGAUUGACACAAAAUAAUGCAAAUAAACAAAGCAAUAUUGACAGAAUCCAAAACAAAAGUGCAAUAACAAUGAAUCGUUCCCCAGAAUGUUGCGGGGUUACUAUCCUGGACUGUUCGCCAACGACAGUUGGGCAUAUUCUUCCGCCCCAUUCAAAACACAAGGACCAUGUAAUCGAAUAUUUGGAUUCUGGGGCAUACUAUUACAGACAUUUCUUCAAUGGCCAAGAACACCAGAACUACUUUGGUAUAGAUGACGCGCUAGGUCCGCUUGCCGUGAGUAUACGACGGGAGAAGCUGGAAGAAAGGGGAAACAACCUAGGCAAGGGGGAAGCCGGUCUCUACCAGUAUCGAGUCAUCAUUCGAACUAGCGAGUUGACAGUAUUACGUGGCUCCAUCCUAGAGGAUGCAAUCCCGGCAUCAGGACGUCUCAGUAGUUCCCGCGGGAUUCCCGUCAAGGAUCUGCUGGAGUUUCUCGCCCCUGACGUGCAGGCAUCAUGUCUACGCCAGGCGACGAGUGGACAGAAAACAUUUGACCAGCUGAUGAAGCUCGAUGAACAGAGGAUAUUCAACACGUAUAAGAUCGGCAUCAUGUUGUGCAAGGCUGGACAAACCACGGAGGAGGACAUGUACAAUAAUGAGGUGGGAUGCCCUGCAUUUGAUGAAUUCCUUAGUUGCAUUGGAGAGAAGGUCCGCUUGAAGGGCUUCGAGAAAUACAGAGCCCAGCUCGACAACAAAACUGACUCUACGGGAACCCACUCUGUGUACACAACCUUCAACAACUGUGAGAUCAUGUUCCAUGUCUCCACCAUGCUCCCCUAUACACCGAAAAAUACACAACAGUUGUUGCGGAAGCGCCAUAUCGGUAACGACAUCGUGACGAUAGUAUUCCAGGAGCCUGGAGCUCCACCCUUUACCCCGAAGUGCGUCCGCUCGCAGUUCCAACAUGUGUUCAUCAUUGUUAGGGCCCAUAAUCCUUGUACCGAAAAAACAUCAUACAGCAUUGCAGUCAGUCGAUCCAGAGAUGUUCCCCCCUUUGGUCCGACCAUUCCAGAACACGCCAAAUUCUACAAAUCAAGGGAGUUUGCGGAUUUCCUCUUAGCUAAAGUAAUAAAUGCUGAGAAUGCAGCCCACCACUCGGAGAAGUUCUCGGCAAUGGCUGUCCGCACGCGGCAAGAGUACUUGAAGGACCUGGCCACAAACUAUGUGACGAGCAACUCGCUGGAAUCGGCAUCAAAAUUGAGCAAGUUUGUCAGUGGAAAGAAAAAGGAGAAGAACCGCGGGAAACUGAUCCCCGACAAUUUCGCCCUUGGUGCUUUAGUCUGGCAUGUUAAGGUGGAGGAUGUGAGCCAGCCGUCAACUGUUGUGUGCUACCUGGGUAUUGCUGCGGAGACCCUGGUGAUCGUUGAAGAGUCGACUGGUCAUGUGAUCUUUACCACGCACUGUGGCUCUGUCAUUGGCUGGACUUCACAGGCCAUCAGCCUGCGCCUGUACUAUCGACAGGGGGACUGUUUGGUGUUACAGCCUCUCAGCGGAGAUAUGGAGGAGUUACAGGAGAUUGUGACACGCCUCCGAGCUGUUACCCCUGGAUGUGAGACCCAAGAGCUGACCCUGAAACGGAAUGGGCUCCGACAACUUGGUUUUCACAUACAGGCGGAGGGCAUCGUCACGGACGUUGAGCAGAACGGGUUCGCAUAUGUGGCCGGGCUUAGGAAAGGCAGCCGAUUGGUCGAAAUCUGUAAGGUCGCUUCAGUGACCCUGAUUCAUGACCAGAUGGUGGAUUUGUUACGGACGUCAGCUACUGUGAAAGUCGUGGUGAUUCCCCCAAUGGAGGACGGUUCACCGAGGGGUGUGGUUAAUCUCCAUGCUAACCACCAUUAUUCCUCCUUCCCCGCCCUGAACGCCGUAAUCCAGGCGGAGUUCUCGCACCACCGACGUCAGGCACGCUCCUCCAGCAGUUCUAGCGACGCCAUUCUCUCCCCCAUGUCGCCCAUAUCACCCCAUGACCCUUCAACCCGGGACCAGCUACCCCAGGGGUCGUCUCCAUGGCAACACAAGUCGACAGAGCACCUGCACCACAAAUACACCCUCCACACUAGAGAGUUUUCAACAAAUAGCUCUUCAAAAGAAGGUUAUGAGAGAGCAAAGGAUGCUUCUACAUUGAGAGAAAUUGGUGCAAGGGAUAGUGUCUGCUCUUCACAAGAAUACUCCUCCACAAGGGAGAGCACUCCCAGAGAUUGUGAAGAAAGAUGGGAAUUAAGGGAGAUAAUUAGAAUGAACAGCAGGGACAGUCGUGAUACACUGGACAGUACAGACCAGGAGGACGGGGAUUACAUCCAUGAGCGGGAAUCAUCAGUCUCCAGUUCACAUAGCCAAUCUAGUCAGCGGAACUCAAAUACUCUUCCUCAUCAGAAAAAUUCAUCAACUUCAUCCGAUCAUAGGGGUGAGAUGAAGUCGCCACCCAAUCGAACGUUCUACCUUUCCUCUGAUUCUGGGCCAUGGGCCACCUCUAGUCUCCCAAGGGGCUCGUCAAACAUCACACAAAUGCCCGCUUUCCAUGGUUACCAGGACUCUGUGGUCUCCAGUGGGCGGGGCUCGCUGUUUGACGGGCGGCUGGAGACAGGAGACCAGUACGGGUCCAAUUCCCGUGGGUUAGAUGACAGUAGUUACGGAACCCUAGAAGAGCGACACAAGAAAUCCGGAUCGAGGGAUAGCCUUGACCAGUAUCCACAUGGAGGCAGCCGUGACUGGCCAGAACCAAACCAACCGCGCCGACCACCGCCGCCUAAAGAGGUUGCAGGUUGGGCAGAGAGUCUCUCAACUUCCCACAAGACCUACCUCACCAGCAGCACUGAGAACAUCUAUACCAGCACCGCCUCACAGCAACAACAAUCAUCAUUAUCACAACACCAGUUUCAACAGUCAGCAUUUUCAUCUCAACAACACCAACAGUCUGCUGCACCAUCCUCAUCACAACAUCAGCACCAACAUUCAUCAUCGUCAUCAUCAUCGGGGCCUCCACACCCUGCAUGCAAACCACUAUUGACCUCAACGGGCAGCGAUCCCCAGUCCUCCGUCCAGCAUGGAAACUAUGCGCAGGAACUCCUGAAACAAUCACAGAACACCAAAUAUCUCCUUAGUCAGGGGCAUGAAUCUAGUCGUAAGGAGGGACUUAACUCUGCAAACUCCAGCUCAGUGAAUUUGAGUGAUACAUCAUUUUCUAGCGGUGGAUCUGGACAGGCUGGCGCCAUGCCCCAACCAGGGCCUCACAUGGAUGGGAAGAUCUAUGGCACACGAGAAGAUGCAGUAAGUCGGCGGCGUGCCAAUACCACCUCUAGUCAGAGCCAGGGUGGCGGAAAGGCCCAUAUACCAGGCAGGAUUGCUGAGCUGAGCAGUGUGUCCCCCCUCUCAAGUGAACACAGCAGCCCACGAUCAUCACAUAAGAACUUGUCUGGAAUGUCGUCAGAGGAGUCGCUUAGCACGCGCCUGCGUCCAGGAGUGACAACAAAGCUGAUAAAGUCACGCGCCACAACGAACCUCCAGGACGACCUCAUGAAGCUGAUUGACCCCGACAUCGCUGAGAGUGACCUCGCAGGCAUUAUGACAAGCCAAUCAAAGAAUCGUCGUCUGUCAGGUCGGCUGGUCCGAACCAUGUCUGAUGAGAGUUUACACAGCGGAAAGGGAAGCCUCAUGUUGGAGAGGGACAUUCGGGACGUGUUGUUCACUGACCGGAAACCAGACUCCCAGACCAGCAGAGAGCACUUUAGACAACAUAGACUGUCUCCUAGAGCUCUACCUGACGACACAAGCCGUGUCACCGUCCCGGAUUCCACUGCAUCCCUGGACUGGAGCAGUCUUGUGGACGUUGCCACCAAGGCCAUCGAGGGAUCACCAGAAGACUUGAAAGACAGAAUAUCCUCGCCAGUGAACUCCACAAUCUCUUCCGCAAGUUCCAGCUCAAACUUAAAUAAGUCCGGUGAAAUCAAAGUGCCGUCCUUGUACAGACCAAAACAUGACCGUCCCCCUGAUCCCCCCACGGCCAGUAACCCCCCGGUGUGGAGGUCGGUGGUGGCAAACCCCCAGCAGAGAAUAAAUGACCUUGAGAUGAAGGUUGCCCAACUGGAGGAAGAACUUGCCCAGGAACGACAGGAAAGUGCCGCCUUGGACGGCGAGGUGCAACGACUUCGUACUGAAAACGCACGACUUCAAGAGGAAUCACAAAACGCUGCUGCCCAGCUAAGGCGGUUUACAGAGUGGUUCUUCACUACCAUUGAUAGGCAAUAGAAUUGUAUGUUAAUUGGAUUCAUUUUGGUUAAAACUUGAUUGUCUUAUUUUUAUUUUUUGAUGUAAUUAGUCAAUGUUAUUUAAUGAGCCUUAAUGGCUCGCAUUGAUUAUAGCGGUAGUAAUAAGUUGUUACAAUGGAGUUCGUAUCAAGGGAUUAUGCUAUAUGGCAAUUUGGGUGAAAUUAAUACAUUUAUUUUCAUCACUUCUUCCUAAAACCUAACUGAAUGAGUCCAUAGGAAAUUGAUAGAAAGAAAUAGAUCGGUGCUUUAUCGAACCUCUGAAAAUGGACACCAGCCUCUAAACCUAUCAGCUUUCGGCACAAUUGAGCUAAGAGAAACUACAUAAUUUAUUACCGAUCUUGUAAGAAGUUUACCAUAAGCUUAAAGUGUUUCAUUUAUUGUUGUUGACACUUGAGUAUAAAAUACCGACUUGUGUCUCUUAGGUCAUAUGCAUUUAAAUUCGAAAUAAGGUUGUGAAAAAUGAUUUUUUGUCAAAUGCUGAUAUGUUAUGAUAAUUUUCAUGACUUUGUGUAAUAUAAUAAUGGAAUUACUUUUGAUGGCAGCCUGGUUUAAGUCACUGUUAGUUAUGUAAAGUAUUUUUUUCAUGUAAUGUACUUUGACUUAGUUGCAAUGUGUUUUAAUUUUAAGGCAUAUGAUUCUAAAACAAUUAUCAAACGCUUUUUGUUCCUUUUUAUUUUUUUAUUGAAGCAUUCGGGUUCAUAUGUCAUAGACUUCCCCUCUUAAGUUUUUAAGUAUAUAUAGUACAAAUGUGUUAAAGCAAUCUUUUAUUAUUAUUUAACUAUAUGUACAUGUGUAUGUGUAUACCAUUUUACAUAUAAAUAGUAUGAAUCGUUUAAGUGUUAUCAAUCACAUAGUUAAUUGAGCACAAUGUUAUAGACAUGUACAAUGCUGUGAAAUUUGUUGAAUAAUUAUCAAUCAUUCUGUUUAUCAUAUAUCAAGCGUAAUCACUCCUUGUGUUUGUUAAACAAUACUAGUCAAUUCCAUACAUUGCUCAUUCAUAUAAGCCAAUCCAUAUAGCCAAGGUUUUGUGCAUAGUAUUUUUUUCUAAGUCUACAUAUUUCUGGAUAAUUUGAUGUACGAUAUUAUUCCUAGAAUUCUUAGUGAAACAACUCCUAGCUUCAUAUCUUUAGACUAAAGAAAUGAUCUUGAACGUUUUAAUGAAUACAAAUAUUUUGCAUUUUUUUUGCUAAUUGCUACAAAUUCUACACGUUUCUCGAUAAUUUGAAUCAAGACUUCAUUGUUUUGAACUGGGAAAUGAACGAUGUUUAGAUUAAUUCAAAACAAAUAUCUUAGAUAACCGACUAUAAAUAUGUAUUUGUAACAUGUAUGACUGCAAAUACCAAAUGACAAGUGUACUUAAAACUUUGCAAGAAAGGAUUUGGAAAUAUUAUUACAUUAAUUGUCAAUGUGAUUGGAAUAAAACAUAUUAAAUAAUAUUAAGGCGUCUUAAAGAAUAUUGAAUAAGUGUUGAAUAUUCAUGGAAAAGAUUAUUUUUUAGAUAUAGAAUUAACAAAGAAUAAUGCUUAAAAUGAGUAAGAUGUAUACUUUUUUACUUCUUAAAAUUCAAAUGGAGUAAAAGUAUUGUAAAGGAAAAAUGUAGAUAGAUAUAAUAAAACAUGAGGAUGUAUUAAACACCACAGAUUAAUGAAAUAUGCAUUUUAGUCUAUUAUAUUGGAAAUACUUGCAAGCAGGAUUCCUAGCCUUUGUCAAUGGUAAAAUUAAGUGUGCAGUGAAGAAUAAGAACUUGUUCUUACCAGUUACAGUAACCAGGUUUUUUUUCUCAAGUUCAGGAUUAAAGGGACUAGACACCAGGCCCCAAUUUCUCGAAACUUCUUAAGCUUAACAGGCUUAAGUCGCUUACUUCAAUUAGCCAAAAUACAUACUAAAAAUGGAUUUUGAUAAAUGAAAAAUGGUUUAUUCUAAUAAUCUUACAGAUUAUUCCUUCAUAAUUUCUAAAAAUUCUUGAAGAAGUUAAUUUAACACAUUUUAUAGAACAACAAAAAUAGUGAGAUUAGCUUAAUCCUGUUAUAAGAGACGUAAGAAGUUUCGAGAAAUUGGGGCCAGAUGGUCCAAACUUCAGCCUAGAAUUGUCCAUUUAAGGUAGUAGGUGACCGAUAAUAAAUCAUUUUACAUGAUUAAAAGAAUAAACGCAAAAAUCCUGUUGCCUGGGUUUCCUGUUUAGAAAUAGCGCAUAAUGGUUUCUCAGUUUAAAUCUUACCUGUUUAUGUUACCAAUAAUUAUACCGACGCUAUAUUUAAACUUACUGGGAUUAAGGUGGUAGACAACCCCAGUAAAUUUCCAAUUGAAAACAAAAGGGCAUAAAUUCACGGUUAAAGAGUCUUGUGUCGUAAGCGAUGUGAUGCAACAUGAAGUAAGAUUAAAUGCGUUGUACACAACGAUGCCAAUUUUAGGUAAGCUUUUGAUAGUUUUCUGUUGUUGUUUCUUUGCAAUUGUAUCAUCUGGUGUCUAGUCCCUUUAAACCUGAUAUCAGGGUUAAGAGCCUUUAACUUCGGACUAUUGUUUAGUUGUAAAGGUUAGUUUCACUUGGACAUUUGCAUCAAAAAUAGAAAUAGUGUUGUUGACUUUUGUAACAUUUUCAACACGAGUUCUAACCUCUUUACCCUGCUUUGGGCUUAAACAGACCCCUGGCCAUACUUGGGCAUAAACCACUUAUACAUAAACAGACCCCUGGCUCUUUUUAUUGUCUGUUAGAAUCUAUAGUGACUUAAACAUAGAUGAAUUCAUUUUAACAUAAUAAAUAACCACUGUGACGUCAAAAUGUAUGUGUGCCAGCAGCUAAUUGUAUACAGCUGGUUAAAUGUUUAGUCAAAGUUAGCCAAAAUAUGUUUUGUUUGGUCAAUGUUUACCCAAAAUAUACUUCUGGUAUUAAGAAAUCAAGUGUCAAGCUAGCCAAAUUCUAUCAAGUGGACUACUUAAUAUCACAGUGUUAUAUAAUUGGGUGAAGAUGUUUAUAACCAUCAAAUGAUCAUAUUAUUUCAUGCCAUUUUUCACUGUUAUUUUACAUAUAGCCUUAUAAAUAAAGCAUUAUUUAUUUUCAAGUACUGCUAAACCAUCAUUAACCAUCUUGUUUUAAUCACCAACCAACCAUUGUAGUAUUCUUACAUUUUCCAGUAUGCAAUUUUUGUUAUGUAAAUAUUCAAUGGUGAGUUAAAUUUUUCAGUUUUGAUUUUAAUUUACUGUUCUCAUUUCUAUAAUCUGUUUCCAUUUUAGCACCAUGUAAAUAGCCAAGUAUUUUUCAUUUCAUGAAGUUAUAUCUUUUUACUUGUAUGUUGUAGAAAUAAUACUCUAUGUACUGGAUUCGUCUUUAAAAGAUAAACAAAACUAUUCUUAUAAAUACAAAAAUAAAAAAGAUAUAUGGACAAA